AUGAGUGCAUUUUGAUUACCUGUAACUGUUGUAUGCUUCCCGCAAUGAAUCAGUUGAUGUGGAGUCAGCCUGAGAGCUAGAGACAGAAGGAAGGACAGAGAGAACUGAAGCAAAGCUAAGUUUCUUGUAUAUGCCUAAGAUGCAGCUCUUUAUUAUGUUGGCAUAUUUGUUCCAAGGAAUUAGAUAUUCAGAAGAACUCAUAAGAUGGAAUAUUAAACAUGGAGAAGAAAUGCUAAAGAAGAUUACUGUGGAUCCAGAAUGCUUUAUGAAUGUUACUGAAAUUAUCAGGUACCAUGGAUACCCCAGUGAGGAAUAUGAGGUUACAACAGAAGAUGGAUAUAUCCUUAGCCUUAACAGAAUUCCUGGUGGGAAGAACCGUGGGAACACAGGGCAAAAGCCAGUAGUGUUUUUGCAACAUCCACUCCUAGGAGAUGCUACCCACUGGAUUUCAAACCUGGACAACAACAGCCUGGGCUUCGUGCUAGCAGAUGCUGGCUUUGAUGUUUGGAUGGGAAACAGCAGAGGGAACACUUGGUCUAUAAAACACAAGACACUUAAACCUGACCAACAGAAGUUCUGGGAGUUCAGUUUUGAUGAGAUGGGUAAAUAUGACAUUCCAGCAGUUCUCUACUUUGCCAUGAAUAAAACAGGACAAAAGGAGCUGUACUAUGUUGGCCAUUCAGAAGGCACAACGUUAGGUUUUGUAGCAUUUUCCAUUAGGCCAGACUUGGCUCAAAGAAUAAAAAUGUUCUUUGCUUUGGGGCCGGUAGCCACAAUUACAUUUGCCAAAAGCCCUGCGAUAAAGUUUGCCUGUCUUCCUGAAACACUUCUCAAGACUGUAUUAGGAACUAAAGGAUUCUUUCGUCAGAAUGAACAUCUGAAAAAGCCUCUUACUCUAAUGUGUACCAAGCUGGAUAAGUUUUGUGCAUGUUUCCUUUCUUUUGUGGCUGGGCAUAAUGAGCAAAACUUAAAUAUGAGUCGGUUAGCUAUGUACGUCGGACAUUCGCCUGCUGGAACAUCUGUACAGAAUAUCUUACAUUGGCGCCAGGUAUUGUAUUCAAAGCAAUUGCAAGCUUAUGACUAUGGCUCUAAGGAAAAGAACAUGGAGAAAUACAAUCAGACUACCCCUCCUAUAUACAAGAUAGAAGAACUGAAAAUGCCCAUUGCUAUUUGGAGUGGUGGACGUGACUUGUUUGCAGACCCAAAGGACGUGGCCGCAUUACUCGGUCGAAUUACUAAUCUCAUUUACCACAAGCAUUUUCCUGAAUGGGAACAUCUAGAUUUUACCUGGGGUCUUGAUGCAGCUAAGCGCAUGUAUGUGAAAAUCAUUGAGCUGAUGAAGAAGCAUCCCUGAAGCCACACAGUGGUUCCUGAGGUUGCAUGAUUUUAUCCUUCUCUUGUGCUCAGCAAUAGGGAUGGUUUUCUUUCCUUAAAGUUAUUAAUCAUGGGAUUAAUAAAGGCUUUAUGGUGACUGGCUUGUAUUUUACUACAUUUGUAACUCUACUGUAUUUUCCAACCUGCUGGUGAAUUUCAAUAAAUAGGGAACUACCUCAGGAAGCUGAGAUACAUUUCCAAGAGGAAUCUGUUUUGAAGCUACAAAAAGCAGUCAUGUACAUACCCCAUGUAAUACUGCAGGGAAUCGCUUUCUUUGAAAUGUUUUAAUCUCUGCCAUAUAGUCUAUCAGUGGGUGAUUCAUGACAAUCAUCCAGUUCCAGACAAUAGCAUUUCUUUCAUCGCUUUAAAAACACAUGUUUUUUAGUGGAAAGCUUUUAAAGAGAUUGUCAAAGUUCUUAGGUCAAAAAAAAAUUAACUUUGGCGCUUGAGAAUGAUUCCCUUCAUAGCCUCUGGUGACCUCACUCAACUUCUCUUUCAAGUUUCCUAUUUGCAAAAUGGGAAUAAUAGCUUACCUUGUAGGGAUGUAGUGAGAAUUAAUUUGUUAAUGUUUGCAAUGUUUAGGGAUCAAAAGAUCAUAAGUGCUAAGUUUUAUUAGCUCAUAUUGAAAGAUUUAUUUCAGCUUUCUGGGAAUUCAUAAACUUUUCCAGCCAAUCCACACUAUAGCAAGAGUCAUGCUAAAAAUUCAGAUACUCUAUUUCCAUGAACAGUUUUGAUGUGGUAAUUACUAACCAAUAGGCACAAACUGAAAUAUGUGUUACUGUUUAGGCUUGGCUAACUACCAGGAGUGAGUUCCUUUAGUCAGUAAUGCAGCUGCAAGCAAGCUGUGAGCAGACUCAGCUGUUUGGUGCUUUCAAGUGAGUGAAGUUAUUGGUUCUGUUUUCAGUUCUUUCAGUUAAAAAUUUCAUAUACUUCUGUUUUGUUGCCCUAGGUGAUUCUUUCAGUGGGUUUAAGAUGCUGAAAAAUUAAAUCUGUUCCUGCUGGGAUAUACUCCUGUCUUAAAAACAUUGUAGGGAGACUGUGGGGCUUUUUAUAUUAUUUUAACAGCAAGAAACUGGGAGGUUAUGAUAUGAUUAACUUGGAAAACAUGCAACAGGUACAUAAUCAAGGCAAUACAUUGUGUGUACUUAUUCUUUGAGUUAUGAUUUGUGAUUUAAGACAUUGUUGCUAUUAAUAAAUAAAAAACUCAAUCAUCUCCUGGUGUAUGUCCCUGGGUUAGCUGUGUCAGUAUUAAUUGUUCGAUCUAAUAUAAGAAUGCAAGUUCUCUUACUGCAUAUCCAAUAGUUUCUGGACUAGUGGGGAUGAGGAGGGAUGUUCUAUCAAUAGGGGUAUCUGAGCCUCAACAAGAGUUAGGUGUUUAAAAAAGCCUUCAUUACUGUUAUGACAUUAAACAUUUUAUCCCCAUGGUUUUGAAGCCAAUCUCAUGCCCCUUCAGGUGUCUAACUUGAGAUUUUUGAACAUGCAGAGGUGGCAAUAGUGAAAACAUCAUUCCAUAAGUGUGAUUUUAAAUGAAAUAAUUGAUGGAAAGGGACAGAUUUUUCAUUUUAAGAUUUUUGUUGGUUGGUUGUUUUUACCAAAGAUGAGUGAGGGGGAGACACACAGCGGAUACAGCAGCCAGAAGUAAUAUUAAGCCCUCCACAUGUAUUGCAAACAUAAAAGAAAAUAGUCACAAGCCAGAAAAUUACAUCCACACGUUUUCUUGAAUUUUCACUGGACUUCCAAAAUAAUUGCAAAUAUCACCUGCUUUUCUUUCUUUAUUAGAAAUGGUAUCUGUCUGCCUUUUGGCCACCUUCUUUUCUAGCUCAGCCCCACACCUGUCAGCUCUCAUGCAAACAUGUUAGGCUGGCAAACAUUUUCCUUUCUUUUACAUUUCUUAGCUGAGGUGUUUAGGCUGCUCUACGGAAGUUGCGUCUCUUAAGUCUUCCAGAGGGUAAUCCUAUCAGGCAGAUAUGGACAAAACCUGUAUUUAGAGCUUCUGCUCAUGUAGUAAGGCCCUAACCCACCUUGCUCUGGCCUGCAUGUCUAACCUUACCGCAUAUCACAUUCCCCUCUCUAGGCCCCCAGUAAUGCCAGUAUUCACUCCCAUUAUGGUCUCCCCUCCCACUACCACCUCGUUUUUCAAGAAUGUCCUUUUUCUCAAAUGUAUGUCAAACAAAACAUGCUUCCAUGCCCUCACCUGAAGGUAUAAGGGGUAUGGCAGUGGAGGAAAGGGAUGUGGAAGAACUCCAGUCUGCCAAAGCAAUCCUCCAUUGAUUUUCCAUUAAGGACCCUGGGCUGGUGAAAUUCGGAGCUGCCCAGGAGUAGCUUUAAGCAUCAUUGCCACUGACCCAGACCUGAGAACCAGGAAGCCGUAAGCAGCUCCCCGAUGCCACUCUGCUCCUCCUGCACUGUGUCUCACUGGCACAGGAGAUAGGCUGUCCCUUUAUUUCUUUACUUGGGAGGAUUAGAUUUUACUUGUCCAUUUUCUCCUUCAAAAAGCACCAAAGGGACAAAAAUGAGAGUUCCGUGUUGUCGCAUGUCUGGGGGGAGAGGGGCUUUAAAGUUUUGUUGUGAGAUGGAUCAGCUACUCCUGCCCCUCCCCCAACAGCUGAUUCUGAUCAAAGGGAGAUCAGGUGGCAAAACUUACUUAUUGGGGGAGAGCUGGGGAUGUCUGUAUAGAGCUGGAUGAGCACAACUGAAAGGGAGCCCCACAGGAGAGGAGAUCCUUCUCUCUGGGAAGCAGCCUGAAAGAAGGCUGAGAAAUCGACAGGUGAGAAGAGAAGACAGGCUAUUGCCCAGGAGAACUGGAGGUAGAAGACCAGAUGAGCAGCAGCCUGUCUGAACCUCUGAGUGAGGGGAGGAAUGUGCCAGCCCCGGGACAGAGGGGUCAUUGGAGAAAGACUAUAGUAACUGAGGCAUACAUAUGAGGGAGAGGUAGCCUGCUGACCCUAGCCAGGCUGAAGGUUGGAUUAUUUUCUUUUCUUUGGUUAGACUUUGAAAAAAGACUGAAGCCCUGAAAAGGGCUGGACUCUAAAGUGGACUGGCCAGAGGGCCAGGUCACUCUUACAGCUAGACUGGGCCAAAGGAUAGUGGGGGGAGACUGAGGUAGAGUUGCUGCAUCAUUACAUCCAGCCAUAAGAGGUGUGUCCUGAAGUGGCAGCAUUGCUCCCCAUGACAGAAUGCCUGAAGAAUCACGCUUUGUCUGCCAUCAUUAGUCAUGAAAGUUUAGAAAGGAAAAGCUACAAACGUAAUAUAUUGGGCUUGCAGACAACUGGUGACAACUGUCUCGUGGUUAAAUAUAUCCAGCAAUCUAUUAAAAAACAAUAUGAAAUUUAAAUACAAUUUUUUUUCUGAAUCUGUCGUGAAUCAUGUCUUCUAUAGUCCUCAAAUUUCAAAUUUUUUUUUUUUACCUUUGUAAAAU